AUGAGAUCUCUGUUUCUACGAGGCCUAGCGGUCAUCGUAGCACUCUCCGGAGUAGUCGAUGCCAUCGCAACUGGCCCUCGUCAAUAUCGUCACCGACACCACGCAAAACGCUAUGAAAUUACUGACCCUGAGCACGCCAAUGCUAUAACGCAAAAUCCGUCGAAUGCUAAAGUACACGCCGGUCUGAACAAGCGUCAAGACUAUACAUGCGGUCCAGGCAGACCGUGCCAUAAUGGAGCAUGUUGCGGUCCUUCCGGGUGGUGCGGCUAUGGACCUCUAAGUUGCGGUACAGGCUGUAGCUCCAAUUGCGAUGCUAAAGCUGAGUGCGGGCAGUAUGCCGAGCCAGUAGGCAAAACAUGUCCAUUGAACGUCUGUUGUAGUCAGCAUGGUUUCUGCGGUACUACUACCGAAUUCUGCGAUGACAGCUGUCAAAGUAAUUGCGGAAAAGUCAACCGCCCUAGUGGUGGUGGUAAUGUAAGGAAGAAUGUCAUCGGGUACUAUGAAUCCUGGGCAGCCACUUCGAAGACAUGUAGCAGAAUGCAGCCAGAGGAAGUCCCAGCUUCUGGAAUGACCCAUUUAAACUUCGCCUUCGCUUUUGUCACGCCGGACAGCUAUGAUAUCAUUCCAAUGCCAAAUACCGACCCAAAACUAUUUUCCCGUACAACUGCUCUGAAAAGCACAUAUCCAGGCCUCGAAGUCUGGAUUAGUGUUGGCGGAUGGACUUUCAAUGAUAAUGGUACAAUCUGGCAACCAGUCUUCUCAGAUCUGGCAUCAACGCAGGCCAAGAGAAAGAAGUUCAUCAAUAGCAUCAUCAAAUUUAUGAUUCAGUAUGGAUUCGAUGGCUGUGAUCUUGACUGGGAGUACCCAGGUGCACCAGAUCGCGGCGGCCACAAAGCCGACGUUGAGAACUAUGUUGCCCUUAUGAAGGAGACCAAUGAUGCUUUCAAAGCUCAUCCUAAAAAAUUCGGUCUUAGUUUCACAGCACCAACUUCCUUCUGGUACCUGAGAUGGUUUGACCUGGAAAAGAUUCACCCUAAUGUCGACUUCAUUAAUGUUAUGAGUUAUGAUCUGCAUGGUAUCUGGGAUAGUACCAAUCCAAUUGGUGCACAAGUUUUAGGGCAUACUAAUAUGACCGAAAUUGACCUGGCCCUUGAUCUCUUCUGGAGAACUAAGGUUCCCUCUAAUAAGGUUCACUUGGGUUUCGGCUUCUACGGUCGGAGUUUCAAAUUAAAGAAUGCCGGAUGCUCCGAUCCUGGGUGCGCUUUCGAAGGGCCCGCUGAUGCCGGUCCAUGUACCGAUACCGCCGGAAUCUUAUCUUACAAAGAGAUCCAAUCUCUGAUUGCCGCAUCUGGUGGAGCAAAGCCAAAAUAUGACAAAACUGCUGAAGUGAAAUACCUUACUUGGGGUAGCGGUAACUGGAUUAGUUAUGAUGACAAAUCCACUUUCGAAGCAAAAGUGAGCUUCGGAAACAAAAGAGGCUUGAAUGGCCUCCUUAUCUGGGCUGUUGAUCAAGAUGAUACACAAUGGAACGCCAUUAAGGCCGUUACCGGACAAAGCGUACUCACCACGAAUGAGUUCCAGAACGUCCCGGAAUCAGACUUACUGCCGAGAGACUGUUACGUUACCGGUAUCUGCGGGACAGCUUGUGCAGCUGGUUACCUCCCGAUCACGGAUAAGAUUUAUAAUGCUCAUAAGGAUAGACUUCAUGAUCCCAAUGCCGACUUCGACCCAAAAAGAUGCGGUGGUAGCAAACAGCGAAGCUUGUGCUGCCCAUUCGCCAGUCGCCCGAAUAAGAUUAAGUGCCAUUGGCGAGGUAACGAGGGCCAUUGUAACGGUAGAUGCCAUGAUGGAGAAGUUUUCAUGGUUAACGACAAUCAGGGAGAUAACAAACACUCCUGCCUGAAGGGAUUGCGAGCGUUCUGCUGUGAGGUGGAAAACACCAAAAUUGUUCAAGCAUGCGACUACGGCGCCUGUGGUGCUGACUGCAGCGCUAUGGGUGAUAAAACUGUGCUCGUUGAAGGCGGGAAGGAAUACAACGGUUGCAAAAAGGGUGUUUCUAAACCGUUUUGCUGCACAAAGAAAUCUGGUGUGAAAACUUGCAACUGGUCGGGACAUGGUGCCGAUUGUGUAGAGCCAGUUUGCAAAUUAGAUCAAAUUCAGUUACGAACAUCUUCAAGAGGUGAUGCUGGUGGUACAUGCAGAUGGGGCAGAGAACGUGCGCUAUGUUGCAAUGCUCCUAAGGGGUAUUCCAAUUUCCUUCCGGUGAAGUUGGAGAUGGUUUUCCCAACUCUCCCCCCAACCGACUAUGAUCCAGCAUUUGGCCUCGUCCUCCAUGAUAACUCCGUCCCCAACCCCAGACAAGGACCAUUUGCUAUGGUUAUCGUCGUUGGACCUGCGGACGAUGUCAGCACAUUUUCCAAGCGAGACGGAUCGCAUAUGGAGCUUUUCGACUGCCCCAAAAUACGUAAAGGUGACAAUGGCAUUCAUAAGGCCAAAGCCGUCUGCCGAGGGGAUCCUGAAAACUGUAACCGAAUUUUCAAACUUGAUGGGGGUGUAGAGGGAACGUUUAUCAAGAUGCCUUUCCACUGUACAGGUGAUCGUUACGUUAGGGCUGUGCAUCUCAAGAAAGCCGAAGAUCAGACUUUGCCAGGUCGCCUUCUCCCAAGAGAUGUCACUUCCGAGGUUUACGAGUUUGCUUUCGACUACAAUUUUCACUUACGCAAGAGAGCUGCAAGCGAUGUCUCUGUCCGAAUCGACUACGCUUCACAAUAUAAGUAUUUUGACCAGUUUGUGGAAGGUGCUCCAUAUAACCGUAAGCGUUCAGAUGGCAUUCGCACAGUUGAGGAGAUGUAUGAGGCAUGGGAGGAUAUGCUUUCUGUACACCCGGAAACAAAUGUUAUCGAAAAACGUACUGCUGAAAACUGGCUUGAACACGAUACCCGUGUUCUCCACCCCAGAUUUCAUUCGACAAAAGCGGAAAAUUGGGAGCACCUCUGGGGACUCCUUCUUUUUGAUUGGGAAAUCAACACAACGAUGGACAAGAAAUGGGACUUCAAAGUUGAGAAAAAGCUGUUUAAAGCAGAGAAAUCUUGUACCUUCAAUGGUGGCAGCCUGAAAGCAGAAGCAUCUGCAGGAAUGAAGGUCGAGGGGUCUGCUAAGGUUUUGGCAGGUGCCAGUUUUGUGGGCAAAUUUACUACAAGUGGUAUCAACUUCGACGAGUCGUACGCUUUCUUCGGCCAUGAUCUCACUGUUACUAUGGGGCUUGACAUGAGCUUGACUGGACGCCUCAAGUUUGAUCAAACAACGUUUGGCUUCCCCAAAGAUGUGGACGUGAACAUUAAUAUUGGUGAUGCGUUUAACGUCAAAGGAAUCCUCGAAGUUGUGCCCGUUAUUGGCGCGAGAAUGUCUUUAUCUGGUGACUUGACCACAUCAGCUACCGUCAAUUGGGAGCAAGGAAUGAACUCUAAAUACGGCUACUCCUUCCCAAAUCAUAAGCUCGGAGUUCCAAAUGACGACCCAGAUUUCAAGGGCGGUUCCUUCAAGAUCAUUGGUAAUAAGAAGAUCGGGGCAGCCGCAAGCGGAACACUAACUUUCAAGAUUGCUCCUUAUGUGCAACUCCAACUUUCGGUCGGAAGCCUUAAGGGAGACUCGACAGUCGCUUCUUUGUCUAUUGAAGGUCGCUUCCCAAGUGAACUAAAUGUCAACCUCCAGUCUGAUUCCAGCUGUAACGGUGUCAAAAUGGGCCUGUCCGCGAAAUUCUCCGGAGAAAUCGAGGGCAUCGGCAGUGCUGGACUUAAGGAUGUUGUAUCGUCAGCCAGGGUUCUAAGUCUUUUCAAUACUAACAAGAAAACGAUUUCAUCCCCAACUUGUUACAGUUUCAGAACCGGCUCAAACAAGAAGAUGCGAAAGCGAGAAUACAUCUGGGAUAACACAACCUUGGGGGCCGAAAACGAAGCAUCACUACUCGGGAUUGAGGAGUACUCCCAUACCAAACGUCGCUCGCUUGCUAAGCGUGCCGAUGGAUUUCUCUAUAACCUCGGAAACUCCUUCAACUGUCCAGAGGGCGGCGACGGUGAUGAUAAUGAUGUGUGCGAUACACCACUUGGAGACGAUUUCGCAGAUGCCUUCACCGAUGCUUACGGAGACCGAGAAGAUGAUCCGUCCGAUGCUUCGCGCAAAAAGAGAUCAGAGGACCACCAUUGGCAGAACGCUUUCAUGGAGGAAGUUGGUCAAGCAAUUCAAAAAUUUAAAGAUAAUGGCGGUAAUUUGACCGACCAGGAGUACUGGCGUCAUUUUGGCAGAGUUGCAGAGAGGCGGGGAUUAUUAAGAAAGCGUGCUGUCUCAAAUUGGGAACCCCCAGCACCAUAUGGACCCUUCCACGGCAGAAGACUGCAGAAGGUUUGCCCAUUUGGAACCAACGCUUUUACUUGGGGUCCCGGUGACUACAAGGCUUGGCCACAUCAAGUUAGGGGUAUGACAGUUUAUGAUAGAGCGACCGGCUGUGAUGAAGCUCCUCACUUGGAAACCUACCCAUUGACCGAUACCGCUCCGGAAAGAAAAGGCAGAAAUCUUCACAUGGCCACCGAACAUAUACUUGAGCUUCAAAACUUCAACUCUUUUUGGAUCUGGGUCACCGAUAACGCCAACAGACAACCUUUCGCGCUACUCAAUAACUAUGACACCAGCAGAAGGGGGGCUUGCGACCGUCUGGAAGAAAAGUUCUAUGAACCCAACCAUAGCGGCGAAUAUAGGCCUAUCGGUCUUCUUGCUCUUGGUGUAUUCCCGAACAACAUCCAGCAUCAUGCCAACAACCUCGGAGAGUUUGUCAUUCUAGAAAGCCCUACGAACAAAGUCAAGAUGAGUUUGAUGGGUGGUGGAACGGUUCGACGUGACGCAUAUAUGACUAGUCAUAGUCUCAAGGAGCAAUUGACGGUGUUGAAGUCGUGCUUGUUGGUCUUCAAGUACCUUAGAGACCCACCAGUGAAGUCAAACUUUGAGGCCCAAGUCCGCAGAAUGGGUGCCGGCCUUCGCUUCUUAGAGGAUGAUUAUAUUCCCAGGACUGAUCUCGGUCCUUAUCCAGGAUAUGAUUUGGAUGAUUCUUGGUAUGACUAUGUGAAGAAUAAGGUGGUCGCUGACCUCAAUCGUAUUGGCGAGCAGUUCUUGCGCGACCAUUUGGCAAGAUUGAUGCCAAUAUACGGCAGCCCGCGACCCGGCGAGAGUCAGCAAGACAUCCAGAACCGACAGGCGCUUAAUAUGUUGAACACUGCUUUCCAUAAUACAUGGUUACCAUUCAAUCCAAGCAUUCCUUGA